UGUAUGAAAACACCGGGCGGCGGGCGGCGAGAAUUCCGCCGUGCUCCCAGAGAGCAGCCGCUGGCGCUGCGGAUGCCGAGCUGGUGCCGCGGCUCUGCCAAGUCCCGCCAGCGCCCCAUCCUGAGCCGAUUAUCUGCAAUGAUGAAAUGAAGUAACUCAAGAUGAGCAAGUUAAAAGUGGUAUCAGAGAAGAGCCUUACCAAUAAUUCACGGAUCGUGGGACUCCUGGCUCAGCUGGAGAAGAUCAAUACUGAAUCUGCAGAAUCAGAUACUGCCCGAUAUGUUACAUCAAAAAUUCUUCAUCUGGCCCAAAGUCAAGAAAAGACAAGGAGAGAAAUGACAGCCAAAGGUUCUACAGGAAUGGAAGUUCUGCUGUCAACCCUAGAGAACACGAAAGAUCUUCAAACUACACUUAAUAUCUUAAGCAUUCUUGUUGAGCUGGUGUCAGCUGGUGGAGGUCGAAGAGCGAGUUUCUUGGUCGCCAAAGGUGGUUCACAAAUAUUGUUGCAGUUACUUACGAAUGCUAGCAAAGAAUCUCCCCAGAAUGAGGAGUUAAUGGUGCAGAUUCAUUCUAUUCUUGCAAAGAUUGGACCAAAAGACAAAAAAUUUGGAGUGAAAGCUAGAAUUAAUGGAGCUCUGAAUAUAACUCUGAAUUUGGUCAAACAGAAUUUGCAGAAUCAUCGCUUGGUUUUGCCUUGUCUUCAGCUUUUACGAGUAUAUUCUGCCAAUUCUGUGAAUUCAGUAUCCUUAGGGAAAAAUGGAGUUGUGGAGCUGCUGUUUAAAAUCAUUGGACCAUUUAGUAAGAAGAAUUCGGGUCUCAUGAAGGUUGCUUUAGACACUCUUGCUGCAUUGCUAAAAUCAAAAACAAACGCCAGGAGAGCUGUAGACAGAGGAUAUGUCCAAGUCCUUUUAACAAUUUAUGUAGAUUGGCACCGCCAUGAUAACCGGCAUAGAAACAUGCUCAUUCGGAAAGGAAUUUUACAGAGUUUAAAAAGUGUUACAAACAUCAAGUUGGGAAGAAAAGCAUUUAUAGAUGCCAAUGGGAUGAAAAUUCUCUAUAACACUUCACAAGAAUGUUUGGCAGUUAGGACCCUUGAUCCUCUUGUCAACACCUCCAGUCUAAUAAUGAGGAAGUGUUUUCCUAAAAAUCGCCUGCCACUCCCAACGAUUAAAAGUUCUUUCCAUUUCCAGUUGCCAGUUAUUCCUGUGACUGGGCCUGUGGCCCAGCUCUACAGUUUACCCCCUGAAGUGGACGACGUAGUGGAUGAAAGUGAUGACAACGAUGAGCUUGACUUAGAAGCCGAAAAUGAAACUGAAAAUGAAGAUGACGUAGAUCAGAAUUUUAAGAAUGAUGAUAUUGAAACGGAUAUUAACAAGCUAAAACCCCAGCAGGAACCAGGACGAACGAUAGAAGAACUUAAAAUGUAUGAACACCUUUUCCCUGAGCUUGUUGAUGAUUUUCAGGACUAUGAUUUAAUCUCCAAAGAACCAAAGCCUUUUGUAUUUGAGGGGAAAGUACGCGGCCCUAUUGUUGUUCCUACAGCUGGAGAGGAAGCAUCUGGAAAUUCAGGCAAUUUAAGAAAAGGAGUUGUAAGGAAGGUGCAUGUGUCUCCUAAAGGAGACGAAGGUGAUAAGAAACCUACCUGUAUGGAUCUGGCAAAAGAAGAUAUGAAAGAUAAUGGCAGAACAUCACAACAGCAGCCAGGUGAUCAAAAUAGAACUAUUUCUUCCACCCAGGGCCUAAACAACGAUAUUGUGAAGGCAUUGGACCGAAUUACAUUGCAGAAUCUUCCUUCUCAGACAGGCCCAGGUUUUACCGCAGGAGGGAAGAAGGACUACAGUCUCCCUCUCACUGUCCUUACGUGCACUAAAGCUUGUCCACACAUGGCUGCUUGUGGAAAUGUUCUGUUUGAGGGAAGAACAGUUCAGCUAGGGAAGCUUUGUUGUACUGGAGUUGAAACUGAGGAUGAUGAAGAUACAGAGUCUACUUCAUCAGUGGAACAGACAUCAGUGGAAGUCUCAGAUGGACCCACACUCCACGACUCAGAUCUCUAUAUUGAGAUUGUGAAAAAUACAAAGUCUGUCCCAGAAUAUUCAGAGGUGGCUUAUCCUGAUUAUUUUGGUCACAUUCCACCUCCAUUCAAAGAGCCUAUCUUAGAAAGACCUUACGGUGUACAAAGGACAAAAAUUGCCCAAGAUAUUGAGAGAUUAAUACAUCAGAGUGAUAUCAUAGAUCGAGUGGUAUAUGACUUGGAUAACCCAAAUUACACUGUUCCAGAAGAAGGAGAUAUUUUGAAGUUUAACUCCAAAUUUGAAUCUGGGAAUCUGCGCAAAGUAAUUCAAAUUAGAAAAAAUGAAUAUGAUCUUAUUCUGAACUCAGAUAUAAAUAGCAAUCAUUAUCAUCAGUGGUUUUACUUUGAAGUCAGUGGAAUGCGACCAGGUGUUGCUUACAGGUUUAACAUCAUUAACUGUGAAAAGUCCAACAGUCAAUUUAAUUAUGGUAUGCAACCACUCAUGUAUUCGGUUCAGGAAGCAUUAAAUGCCAGACCAUGGUGGAUUCGUGUGGGAACUGACAUUUGUUAUUACAAAAAUCACUUCUCAAGAAGUUCAGUUGCUGCAGGUGGGCAAAAGGGAAAAUCCUACUAUACAAUUACAUUCACUGUCAAUUUUCCACAUAAAGAUGAUGUUUGCUACUUUGCUUAUCACUAUCCAUACACAUAUUCAACUUUACAGAUGCAUCUUCAAAAAUUGGAAUCAGCACACAAUCCUCAGCAAAUCUAUUUUCGAAAAGAUGUGUUAUGUGAAACCCUGUCUGGAAACACCUGUCCCUUGGUGACUAUAACAGCAAUGCCAGAGUCUAAUUAUUAUGAACAUAUCUGUCAAUUCAGAAAUCGCCCUUACGUUUUCUUGUCUGCUCGGGUCCAUCCUGGAGAAACUAACGCAAGUUGGGUAAUGAAAGGAACAUUGGAGUAUCUCAUGAGUAAUAACCCUACUGCUCAGAGCUUACGAGAAUCCUAUAUUUUUAAAAUUGUCCCUAUGCUAAAUCCAGAUGGUGUCAUCAAUGGAAAUCACCGCUGUUCUUUAAGUGGAGAGGAUCUGAAUAGACAGUGGCAAAGUCCAAAUCCAGAUUUACAUCCUACAAUUUACCAUGCUAAGGGCCUGCUACAAUACCUGGCCGCUGUGAAGCAUUUACCACUGGUUUAUUGUGAUUAUCAUGGCCACUCCCGAAAGAAGAAUGUAUUUAUGUAUGGCUGCAGCAUCAAAGAGACAGUGUGGCAUACCAGUGAUAAUGCAGCUUCAUGUGAUGUCGUGGAAGAUGUAGGAUACAGGACCUUGCCUAAGAUACUGAGCCAUAUUGCUCCAGCAUUUUGCAUGAGCAGCUGUAGCUUUGUAGUGGAAAAAUCUAAAGAAUCCACGGCACGUGUUGUGGUUUGGAGGGAGAUAGGCGUACAAAGAAGCUAUACCAUGGAAAGUACUUUGUGUGGCUGUGACCAGGGAAAAUAUAAGGGUCUACAGAUUGGUACUCGAGAAUUGGAAGAGAUGGGAGCAAAAUUUUGUGUUGGUCUGCUGCGUUUGAAAAGACUGACAUCCCCAUUGGAAUAUAAUCUGCCUUCCAGCCUGCUUGACUUUGAAAAUGACUUGAUUGAAUCGAACUGCAAAGUAACGAGUAACCUCUUGGAAGAAUGGUUAUUCCUCUCAAUAAGUGCCUAUUUGAGACUUCAAAGUAAGAAUAUGGCAUAUCAGAACAAGGAAGAAUACAUAUUCCUUCAAAGAGGCUUCAUUCUAUCCUCUGGCAGGUGUAGAGUAGUCUGGCCAGGGACUGAGCAGACUUGAGGAAACUUGGCAGCUCUGAACUCCAAUUUUUGCCACCAAUCCUUUGAAAUUGCUGAAAGCUCUGAUGACUUCUCUGCCUCUUAGCAGCUGCCCUUGCCUGGCCUUGGUUCCCUCUGGACUUUGCCCCACGCACCUUUUCUCUUGGUUGAUUUUGCUUUGUAUCCUUUCACUGUAAUAAGUCAUAGCUGUUAAUACAACUGCGUGUUGAAUCCUGUAAAUCUUGCUAGCAUGUCACCAAACCUGGGGUGGCCUUGGGACCCUCAAUGCACAUGCCCAUUUUGAGUUUCUGUUAAGUUCAAUUAUUAUCUCUGAGAUUUUCAUGUUCUAUUGAGAAUGAACAGAGACAGAUGAUAAUGUAACCCUUUUUCAUAUGUGUGUAAACCCAGACUCAGAGAUGAACUGACCCAAGAUCAUCCAUGUAAUUCUUCACAAAACCAGGAAUCGUGCCCACGUCUAACCCAGAAUUCCCCUGUACUUUCGUUGUAUCUUGUAUCUUCCAAGGAACUAAGCAGAAUUGCUAAAAAGGAAUGGUUUCAGCCUUUGAAGCUGUCCGAAUUAUUGGGAAGCUUAACUGUUUACCACUUUCAUUACGUAUAAGAAAUGUUUCUAGAUCAAUAGUAAAAUAAAGUAAGUUGGAGGUUAGUGACUUCAAUACUAUUUUUUUGAAGGCAGCUUAGUUAUAUAUUAUUUUCCAAUGAAGUAUCAGUAAAUUAACAACUUUCUUUACUUUUUUUUCCCCCCCAAAUAGAUAUCCUCUUAUUAGAAAUUCUAACUCUGUGUGUGGGUAUGCACGUGUGCAGGAAUGUGCAAAUACUUAUGUAUACACUGUGGUCAGUUAAGACCGACAAAAAUUGUUACUUGUAUUUUCUAUGGAUAAUUUUGUUUGCUUUGUGAUAUUUAGUAGAUGCCGAAUCUCUUAUGAGCUAAGAAUCAAAUUAUAUAAAUGGAACAUUCUCUAAUAUUUAGGCAGAUAGAGAUUUUUCUUUCACCUGAGACCUGAUAUUUGAAUACAAGAAAGUCAUAAUCGGCAAGUCACAAAUUGGUAAUUUGGACAAUGGAAUAUUUUUCUGUUUGUGUAUCAAUUUCAGACUUUCUCCCCUAGGAUAUGUUCAUUGUGCUGUCUAAAAACAGUAGGUUAGUCUCAAAACUGUUGAAGAGGACAUGGUUAAGGUAGGAUUCUGAGUCACAAAAGUAAGGCAGUGGUUUUAGUCAGUGGCUUGACGGCAGCCCAUCGCCUGGGCUCUGUAGGAAUUAACAAAGAUUGAUUAACUUUUUUUAACAGAUUUUAUUAAUUUCAUAAUAACAUUUUGUAUUUGUAUAACCUGAGAAUUUAUAAAUGCUUUCCCACUUUACUACAACAAUUUGCGAGGUAGUAGGUCUGAUAUUGUGAUCUCUGCUUGUACAGUAGAGAAAAACCGGUGUUGGAAACCAAGGACAUGACUUGCUCAAGGUCAUGCAGCUGGUUAGUAGAAGAGGAGAGGCACAGACCCAGAAUUUCUGACUCCAUAAACAGUGUUUUGCUUCUUUCAUGCUUGUAUAGGGAACAGAGCUGAAGAUCUGCCUUCUGGAGUCUCAGAUGUCAAGUCAGCUCUCAUGCAAGUAGUUGGGCACACACUGAGGGGGAUGGUGAAUUUCUUAGGUUUAAUUUUGUGUAUGCUUAAUAGUUUAACACAAGGAUAGCCAGAACACUUUCUAAAUCUGAAUAAAGCAGAAUUUUUUUGUUAUCUUUAGAAAUCAGUUGGAAUUUUAAACCUUUUCUGCAUCUCAAUGACACCCUAUAGCAGAGAAUUUCAACAGAUUCAUCCUGUGAGAAAGUCAUAUGGGUGAAGAUUUUGGUAUUUUUCCUGAAGCGGCAUGAGGAAGAUUUGGUUUGGGACUAAAAAUGCUAUUCUCUUUUAGAAUCAAAUGUUUCUUAUUGAUUAAAAUCCAGAGUGGAAGGAUGUUAGGGUAGGUGAACAGAGGCCAGUUAUUAGAGAAUGAAGCAGAAACAGGCAACGGGAGUCAACUUAAAUGAAGCAAAUUAGGGGAACAAGAAAGUCGUGGUGGGAAAAAAGUAAUAGUGACAGGAAAUAAUUAAGUGCUGAUUAGAGUUUCUUUUUGUGAUUGAAUUAUUACGUGAAUUCCUUUCUGUUGAUGUCAAGGGAUUAUUUAUUUUAUAACUCUAGGGCAAAUUACCUUCAAGUCUUUCUCUUCUUAUCUGAAGGCUAUUGUGAGAUAAUGUAUAGGAAAGCCCUUCCUAAAUCAUGAAUUGUUCAAAACAUAUGUUGGAAUUAUUAAUAAAAGCAAAGCUGAAUUGCUGUGA